AAUCAUGGACUAUACCUGAAAAAAUUAUUGAUUUGGAACCAGCUGAAGUAUCAAAAUUUCAGUAUAUUAUAGGUUGGACUAUCUAUAAACUAACAAAAAGUGAUACAUCAAUAUUGGCGUAUAAAGAAUUUGCAAAGAUUAAAUCGUGUCUAGAUGCUCUCAGCUCUGAACAUGUAGAAUAUGUAUAUAGCACUUAUUCAAAAACAACAACAUUCAAUAACCUUUUGCAAGUAGCAUAUGAACUUCAUUAUAAAUCACUUCCAGAAUUCACAAAUAACUAUAUUCAAUUAUCAAAGAAGGCUGAGGAUUAUCUAUUGAAUGUCAAAGCAAUAAAUGCAGAUUUAAAAAGUAAUGCAAAAAAAGAUGAGAAAUCAAAAAUAAAGCUUGUUACAUUUAAGAAAGGGAUACUACUAGAAGAUCUUGAUUUGGCACUUUGCAUUUCAAAGCGAGCCAGUAAAGAUGAAAAGAAAAAAAAAACAGAUCUCAUAGAUUUGCUGUUUAAUCAUUUGCAAAAUGGCUCAGAAUUCAAUAAAGAGAUAAGAAAGAAAG